GGUACAAAUGGGUUGUGUCUAUCAUUUUUCAUCACCCACCAAAAUUCUAGAUGGGUGGAUUUUAGCCUAAACAUCACCCAACCUGCUUAUUAUCCAUCCUUAGAUAGAAGGUACAAAAAGCUAUUAACUCAAUGUAAUCACACAUAGUUCAUAAUUUAUUUAUUUUCUUUUCGGGUAAUUGUAGGAUGUUAGAUCCCAUUUCUCAGAAUUACUGUAAAGGCCGAAUGACAAGUUUUCCCGGACAUCCUGAUUCCAUCGUCGAUGUGGUCCCCGUCGACAUGGUAGUAAAUGCAAUAUUGGCAGCAAUAACUCGUCAUGGCGCCGCGGAGGUAACCGACAGCAGUAACAACAUGGUGAACGUAUACCAAAUAGGUUCGUCGGUCUCCAAUCCAAUGACUCUGAGUGAGCUCUUCACACUGUACUACCUUCACUUCGACUCUUCCCCGAUGAUGAUCAACGGCAAACCCAUUCGCCUCAAUAGCCCGCUCGACAUUUGCACCUCCAUUGAUGAAUUCUCCUCCACCCUCCACCCUCCACCCGCCGGCUCCCGCCUCGGCCAAAGAUUGCGUCAGGAAGCAAUCCGUAUGGCUACUUUCUACCUGCCCUACUUGUCCUUUAUGGGAAGGUACGACUGUAGCAACACAGAGAAGCUUAUGGAAGAGAUGUCGGAGGAGGAAAGGGCGGAGUUUGGGUUUGAUGUGAAAAUAAUCGAUUGGAGACAUUACAUUGCUCAGGUGCACCUCCCUGGCUUAAGGAAGCAUGUCAUGAAGGAGAGACUACUGGCAAAAGCACAUGUUUGAUUAUACAUUCAUAAGCUGAUCUUCCUGAUAGGAAGAAGAGAGUGUUCGGUCUUGGUGUAUUUAGGACCACAACCUCAACUCCCAUACAUACAAGUUUUACCAUGGGCGGACAUGUAUGUGAUUUUCACCCAUUGAAUUCACAUUGGGUUUGUGUAGUCAUGGACUUCAUGAAUUGAUCACUUGUUUUGUGAAUAUAGGCAGCCCAUUUAAAUUAGGAAAUGAAAUUCCUAACAAUUU